UAAAUUUCCCUUUCUCCUCAGUCCUUCACUAUGUUGGUCCUCAAUCAUACCAAUGCUGAGCCUCUGACCUUCUUCCUGACGGGUAUCCCAGGCUUGAGAGCAUUCCAGGUAUGGACCUCCAUUCCCUUUUGUCUCCUGUAUGCUGUUGCCCUCUCUGGAAACAGCAUGAUCCUGUUGGUAGUACUCCGUGAACAGAGCCUCCAUGAGCCCAUGUAUUAUUUUCUGUCCAUGCUUUCAGCCACGGACCUGAGCUUGUCUCUCUGCACACUCUCCACUACCCUUGGUGUCUUCUGGUUUGAGGCCCGAGAGAUCAAUUUGAAUGCCUGCAUUGCCCAGAUGUUCUUUCUCCAUGGACUUACUUUCAUGGAGUCUGGAGUUAUUCUGGCCAUGGCCUUUGAUCGUUUUGUGGCCAUCUGUGACCCACUGAGAUACAACAGCAUCCUCACGAAUGCCAGGAUUGCCCAGAUCGGGGUGAGUGUGUUGAUAAGGAAUGUUGCCGUCAUGUUGCCAGUCGUGCUUUUUGUCAAGAGGCUGUCCUUCUGCAGUACUCUUGUCCUUUCACAUUCUUACUGCUACCACGUUGAUCUCAUUCAACUCUCAUGCACAGACAACAGAAUCAACAGCAUCCUUGGUCUGUUUGCACUCUUCUCCACUACAGGGUUUGACUGCCCUUGCAUCCUGCUGUCCUAUAUCCUGAUCAUCCGAUCCGUUCUCAGCAUUGCUUCCUCAGAGGAACGACAGAAAGCCUUCAACACCUGCAUAUCACACAUCAGUGCUGUGGCCAUCUUCUAUAUCCCUCUCAUCAGCUUGUCUCUUGUCCAUCGCUAUGGCCAUUCUGCACCUCCAUUUGUGCACACCAUCAUGGCCAACGUCUUCCUACUUAUACCUCCUGUGCUCAACCCUAUCAUCUAUAGUGUGAAGACUAAACAGAUUCGAAAGGCCAUUAUCAAGAUCUUAAUUCAGAAGCAGCGCCAAAUCUAA